GGAGGCGUAGAGAUGGCAGGGUCUGGUAGAAGGAGCGUGAGAUCAUCACAACUAGCCCUCGGCUCUGUCCUUCUCCUUCUGGGGUGUUGUGCUCCUUUGCUAUCGCCUGCAUUCUUCAUUGCCGCGCCUCUCCCUCAGCAAAGAUCAUCAUGUCGCUUUCAUCGCCAACCAUCAGCAUCAGUUGUUACUGAAGCCUGCGGCACCGCUGCCGUUACUACAAGAGCGCUUCACCACACCGGGAGCAGCAGCAGGAGUAGUGGCCACCAAGCACCAGCUACGACGGCGACGAUGUCGGCACUUCCUGCUGCAACUGCAACUAGUUUCGGGGUGCGGCUCAACCACAACAGCGGCACUGUUUGCACCGCUCUAACCACCUGGAGAGUAAGGAGGAGCUCGGUGAUGCUCAGCGCGCGCGGCGGAGGACGAUCAGGUGGCGACUCGUCGAGGCGAAGAACCGACCGACCCGAUGAGUACUCCAGCGACAGAAAGAAGGGCAAGGGGCGGGGAGGGAGGGGUGGCAGGGGCGGGCGAAGCGGCGGGCGUGAUGGCGGCAGCAACAACAGGGGAAGCAGUGUCGAUAGUGGCACCAGCGCUCCCUCUCCUUUCGAAACGGCUGGGGACGGUGGUGAGAUGUGGGGCGGGGAGUCGAAGAUGUCGUCCCUGGACGACAGGGCCCCGGUGGAGUUCUCGAGGAAGAUUGACUGCUCGGAGCUCAGCCGCAAGCCAAAGUACUUCAGCGUAGAGGCGACCGAGAACGAGUGCGCCGCUCUCGCCCAACGCUUCACGUGCGAAGCGAUAACCGGCCUCAAGGCCGACUUCAGGGUUGUUCGCGGCUCAGACGCCAGAAAAAUAAAAAUCCGGGGGCGCGUGAAAGGCAAUGUUACCCAGAACUGCGCGGCCACUCUGGAGCCAUUCGUACUCCCGGUCGAACGAGAAUUCAGCACCGCGAUACAGGAAGUUAGCCUAGACAGCGUGCAAUCCACGCUGUGGGCUCUGGAAGAGGACACUGAAACGGACGACGAAAUCAUGGAGGGUGACCCCCUCGACCUGGGGGAGGUGGCGGCUCAAGGGUUGGCGUUGUGCAUCGACCCGUACGCCAAGCACCCGGACUUCGUCCCAAGCUAUGACGCGGGGAGUGGCAAUGGCGAGGGAGCUACUGUUCCCGGGCGUUUUGGAAUGCCCGCUGAGGGGGAGGACGUGGUUUUGGACGUCGAUACCAUGAAAGCUUUUUUCGAUGCGGACGAUUGAUUCCGUUGUGGGCGCUUUUGCGACUUGAGCCGGAGACACGUUGGCAAUAGCAGUGCAGUAGACCGAGAGGAUGUAUUCGCACAGCUCCGGUGUUGUAGUGCCGGACCGGGUCUAGUCGAUUUUUCUUCGUUUCGAUCCAUUUUCGGUUUCUGCUCCCUGAAAAAUGUGUACUGACUUCUCGCUCUUCAAGGAAAUCGAAAAAGGAAGGAUUCCUGGCUAGCGUACACGCUCAGGUUUGAGGGGAAUUCCUCGAGACACGGCGAAAGGGUGGCGGGAGGGACGGAGCUGCCUUUGGUCAACUUUCGUGGAUUGAGUGGCGCCAGGAUGAUGAAGCCCUCCUCUUUCGUAGCAGCAGCUCGACACCGAAAAGUCGCCCGUUCGAUAGAUCAACGCUGGACGAAGCUCUUCAUCCUUCCACUAGAUUUUAUUAGAGACAUGCGGCGUACAAACUUUAGCGCGCCGCCUCUGUUAGUUUGCUGUGUCGUGCGGCGAAUGCUGCCAAAGUAGCCACGGUUUGCGAGUGUCGGCACACCCCUUGUAUGAAACCGACUGGUGCGUCCAUAUGUGUACCGAAGUUUGUAGUCUGACGUCCGCAACGGAUAGCAUGGCAACAUACGCAACACACGCGGAGCAUUGCGUCUCAAACGACGAUUGUGUUCGUCGUUCAUCACCCGGUUUCGCGAGAUAUUGUACUUGGAGUGAGAGUGGCAACUACUGCAGAGAUGAAACGCUUUUCUUCUGCGGAUAACCUAUCGUGCGGGCGGACUGCCUUCCACGUGCCCCACUGAUCCACGGGUUUUGCACUACUCGUUGGCAAUGUUCCGUGGAUGCAAUUUGCACGAACCAAGUCGCAACAUGCUUUCAUCACACUACACAUGGGAUGAAAGCGACGCGCU